UUGGACGAGGGAACGUGGGUGUAAAUAGACAGUGAACGCUCUUGGUCUCUCUCUCUCUCCCUCUCCCUCCCCCUUCUCUUUUCUCUCUGUCUCUCUUUUAUGAAAUCAAUGAACGAGUUAUUGGGUAGGACAUAAAUAUAAGGAAUCAAAGCCUCCACCGGGACCAACAGCAUUGCGCGCUUUUUGAUAUGCGUCUUCGCCAAAUGCUACAUGUGUUUUCAUAUCAGUGUAAAUAUUGGCUUUGAGCGGACGAGAGUGGAAUCGGCUCUGGCACGGCUUGGUCUCGGAACCAAAUUUUGACCAAGACUUUCACCAGCUUUUCAUUUUUUUCAACGUUAAACGAUUCUCCACCAUCACCAACUGCUGCUGUUUGUACCCAUCCCAACUCACUGGCCGGUCUGAAGAUGGCAACUUUAACCAACGGGCAGGUGGACGGCUCGGUGCACGGUGUGGUCUCCAACACGAACGGGCUCGUGAACGGAUUAAGCCACAGCCACAGUCCGGUGGGCUGCCCGGCCACCAUCCCCAUGAAGGACCACGAUGCCAUCAAACUCUUCAUCGGUCAGAUCCCCCGCAACCUGGACGAGAAGGACCUCCGGCCCCUCUUCGAGGAGUUCGGCAAGAUCUACGAGCUCACUGUGCUGAAGGACCGCUUCACGGGCAUGCACAAAGGCUGUGCCUUCCUCACCUACUGUGCCAGAGAGUCGGCCCUGAAAGCCCAGAAUGCAUUGCACGAGCAGAAGACCCUGCCUGGGAUGAACAGACCAAUCCAGGUGAAGCCAGCAGACAGCGAGAGUCGAGGAGCUAAGACGGCUUAA